AUGUUACAGAAUAUGUCACUACUACUCGUCUUCUGUACUCUCUAUUGUUUGCCAUUCAUGUUACAAGGAUCAAAUCAACAUGAAAGAAAGCCUUACAUUGUAUACAUGGGAGAAUUGCCAUUGGCUAGAACCUAUGCCCCGGAAGACCACCACCUCAACUUGCUAGAAGCUACAAUUGGAGACCACCAGUUAGCCAGAGAAUCCAAAAUACAUAGCUACGGAAAGAGCUUCAAUGGAUUUGUUGCAAGACUUUUGCCAUAUGAAGCAAAGAAACUGCUACAGGAGGAGAAUGUGGUAUCUGUGUUUCCAAAUACACACAGCAGAAUACACACAACAAGGUCAUGGGAUUUUCUGGGAAUGCCCCUAAAAGUGACCAGACGACACUCCAAAAUAGAGAGCAAUAUCAUUGUUGGUCUGUUAGACACAGGAAUUUCGCUUGAUUGCCCCAGUUUCAACGAUACGGGGUAUGGGCCUCCUCCAAGCACAUGGAAGGGCAAAUGUAUAACAGGAGCCAAUUUCACAGGAUGUAACAACAAGGUGAUAGGGGCAAAAUACUUCAACCUAGAACAGACCGCUUCCACGUCGGAGGACAACAAUCUUAGUCCGGCAGACGAGGAGGGACACGGCACUCACACAGCGUCUACAGCAGCCGGCGUGGCGGUGAAGGGUGCGAACCUUUACGGCAUUGGCCGAGGCACGGCACGUGGUGGUGUGCCAUCAGCACGCAUAGCUGUGUACAAAGUGUGUUGGGGGAGUAGUGGGUGCAGUGACAUGGACAUGCUAGCUGCUUUUGAUGAGGCCAUAGCUGAUGGUGUUAACUUAAUAUCAGUGUCUAUUGGAGGGACACCUAGGCCGUUUUUUAGUGAUCCUAUGGCUAUUGGAUCAUUUCAUGCUAUGAAGAGAGGGAUUCUAACCUCUUGCUCCGCUGGUAAUGAUGGUCCUUCCACUAUGACCGUUGAAAAUGUGGCUCCAUGGAUUUUGACGGUGGCCGCUUCCGCCAUUGAUAGGCAGUUCACGACGGUGGUAUCCCUCGGUGAUGGCAAGAAAGUUGCAGGAAUGUCAAUUAAUACCUUUUCCCCUAAGAAAAAUAUGUACCCGUUGAUUACUGGAGCCCUUGCUUCCAACGUUACCGGAGACAGCUAUGGCAAUGCCAGUGCUUGUGAUUAUGGGACUCUAAGCAAGGACAAGGUAAUGGGUAGGAUUGUAUACUGCCUUGGCACGGGAAGCCAGGACUACGUCAUCAAUGAAUUAGGUGGAGCAGGAACCAUUAUGAGUGUUGUAGAGCAAUCAGACUAUUCCACAACCACAAUUAUUCCAGGUGUCUUUGUUGAUGCCACCACUGAAGGCAAAACCAUUGACCUCUACAUCAAUUCCACCAAGAAUGCACAAGCUAUAAUACACAAGACCAUAAGUACAAGAAGCCCUGGUUCGUAUAUUGCUUCUUUCUCAUCAAGAGGUCCUCAAUUCAUCACCUUCAACAUCCUAAAGCCUGACUUGGCUGCUCCAGGACUGGAUAUUCUAGCUGGUUAUUCCACAUUGGCAUCAAUAACAGGUUACUCUGAAGACAACCGUCACAACUUUUUUAAUAUAAUAUCAGGAACUUCUAUGGCAUGUCCACAUGCUGCUGGUGCUGCUGCCUAUGUCAAAUCCUUCCACCCUCACUGGAGUCCUGCUGCUAUCAAAUCUGCUCUCAUGACCACUGCCACUCCCAUGAGAAUCAAAGAUGAAACGGCAGAGCUGGGAUCUGGGUCAGGACAGAUCAACCCAGUAAGAGCAUUGGAUCCUGGCUUAAUUUAUGACAUUAAUAUGAACUCCUAUAUUGCCUUCUUAUGCAAGGAAGGUUACAAUAGCACCAGCAUUGGUAUACUAAUUGGAAGCAAAGGCUUUGAUUGCUCCAGCAUUAGCUCUGCACAAGGCACUGAUGGAAUCAAUUACCCUUCUAUGCAUACUCAGAUCAUGCAAGCAAAUUCUAGCAUUUCUGCAAUCUUUUAUCGGAAUGUGACCAAUGUAGGAUUUGCAAACUCAACUUACAAGGCUAAAGUCACAGCACCAAAGGGUCUUUCCAUUGUGGUUGUCCCAGACACAUUGCAGUUUAGUAGGUUGAACCAAGAGCUCUCGUUCAAGGUUGCUCUGAAGGGGCCUUCAAUGCCGAAAGAGACAAAGAUAUUAUCAGGAUCACUUGAAUGGAAUGACUCUAAACACAGUGUUAGAAGCCCCAUAGUUGUCUAUAAACCUAUGAGGUGA